GAUAAAAUGCAAAUAUAAUAUCAUCAAUAUAUGCCUCCCUGGGUCAUUAUAUAAACAACGUUGUUUUACAGAAGAUAGACACAAGCUUCCUCAGCCAUGACUACUGCUUUACCCAGAAUCCAAGUAGUGAUUCUAAAUCUAAUACCAAUCUUCUUUUUAUUUUCCUCAAGUUAUGCUCAAUCUAAGGUAUACAUAGUUUACAUGGACCAUUCAGCCAUACCCAGAGCAUUCUCUACACACCACAGCUGGUUUGAGUCCACUCUUUCUUCCAUAUCAGAAAAUUCAGAGCUCCCCAUUUCCUCAAAACUCAUCCACACUUACACAAACUCCAUUCAUGGCUUCAGUGCAUCCCUCACUCCCUCAGAGCUAGCUUCCCUCCAAAACUCCCCUGGUUACAUCCACUCCACCCCAGAUCGUCCUAUGGAACUACACACCACUCACUCUCCCAACUUUCUCGGAAUGAGCACCAGUUCCGGGGUCUGGCCGGCUUCUUCAUACGGCGAAGAUGUCAUAAUUGGCGUCAUUGACUCUGGCGUCUGGCCCGAAAGUGAGAGCUUUAAAGACAGAGGAAUGAGUCGUGUCCCAUUGAGAUGGAAAGGUAAAUGCGUGACAGGACAACAGUUCAACACUUCUUUGUGCAACAAGAAACUCAUAGGUGCUCGAUAUUUCAACAAGGGAGUUCGAGCCAACUUCCCUGAUGCCAAAAUAACCAUCAACUCUGCCCGUGACAAUGAGGGCCACGGGACUCACACUGCGUCUAUAGCCUGCGGAAACUUCGUUGAGGGUGCUUCCUAUUUCGGCUACGCUGCAGGAACAGCCAGAGGAAUGGCACCAAGAGCUCGGCUAGCCGUAUACAAAGUUCUUUGGGAAAACUACAUUUACUCAUCUGAUGUUAUCGCAGCAGUGGAUCAGGCAAUCAAGGAUGGAGUCGAUGUAUUGUCAAUGUCGUUGGGAAUUUUUGCAGAAGAAGAUAAAUUUUACGAUGAAGACCCAAUUGCUUUGGCUACAUUUGCAGCCAUGGAGAAAGGUAUCUUUGUUUCUGCUUCGGCAGGAAACAAAGGACGUCUUUUUCAUGGGACAAUUUAUAAUGGGGCGCCAUGGUUGACAACUGUUGCUGCAGGAACACUUGACCGUGAGUUUAAAGGAGCGUUGACUCUGGGAAACGAUACUAAAAAGAUUACAUUUGAGUCGUUAUAUCCAGGCGAAUUUUCUGGUCACCGAGAACAAAUUGUUUUCUUGAACAAGUGCAAAAGCUUGAAGAAGCUGAAAAGGCUAAAGGGGAAAGUCAUUGUUGUAUGCAAAGAUGGAAAGAACACAAACUUGGGAACCCAAGUCGACAUAAUCAAGAACGGAAGUACUUCGGUGAUUUCUGGUGCUAUAUUUCUCACCAACUACGACUAUAAAGAUUAUUAUGAUUACUCAUUCGCAGCUGGAUUCAUUGAUGAUGAAAAUGAUCGGAAAACUGUGAUGGACUAUAUUAGUAAGAACAAAAACCCAACUGGGGUUUUGGAGUUUCGGAAGACGAUUUUGGGUACAGCUACAGCUCCCAAAGUUGCGAGGUAUAGUUCGAGAGGUCCAUUUGCGAGAAGCCGGAAUGUGUUGAAGCCCGACGUUUUGGCUCCUGGUUCGGAAAUCUUGGCUUCAUGGACUCCGCUUGACAAAGUUGGCGAAGUCCACUCCAAGCCUUUGUUCAGUAACUUCAAAUUAGUUUCGGGAACUUCCAUGGCCGCUCCACAUGUUUCAGGGUUAGCCGCUUUGAUCAAAUCUGUUCACCCAGAUUGGAGCCCUGCAGCUAUUAGAUCCGCCAUCAUGACUACGGCAAACCCUUUAGACAACACUGGGAGUCCCAUUAAAGACGACGGAAACAACGACGAACCGGCCAGCCCCCUAGCCAUGGGAGCUGGAUUCAUUGAUCCCAAUAAGGCCAUUGAUCCUGGGCUAAUCUACGAUGCAGAAACAGAGGACUAUGUAAAGCUUCUCUGCUCAUUUAACUACACAGCAAAGCAGAUGAAAAUCAUUACCAAAACGAAUACUAGUUGCAAUGGGAUUAAGCCGUCUUCUGAUCUCAACUACCCGUCGUUUAUAGCUUACUUUCCCUCCGAUUUGGAGGGCUCCCAUCGUCCGAAAGUGGUAAGGGAGUUCAUAAGGAGGGUGAGGAAUGUUGGGAAUGAGAAGGCGAGUUACAGAGCAGAGGUGAGUGGCAUGAGCGGUUUCAACGUGAAGGUGGAGCCUUCGAAGUUGGUUUUUCGGCGGAAGAAUGAGAUGUUGAGUUACAAGCUGAGUGUGGAGGGUCCAAUUAGUGUGGUGGAGGAGAUUGAGCUGCUUGUGCAUGGCUCAUUGAGUUGGGUGGAAGAGUCAGGUAAACAUGUUGUGAGAAGUCCAAUUGUGGCUACUGAUAUUGAUCCAAGGCCAAUGAGAUGACCGUAUUCUAGAUUUGAGAAGAGUUAUCAAUUUCAUUUUUAAUUUUUGCUCCAAGUUUACAAUUUCUGUGUUUUGAUGAGUUCAUGUAAACCAAGGGAAAUAUUGCUAAUGAAUUAGGACUCUGUUAAGUUGUUGUAACUUUCUUAUCAAAUGCUUUGAACUGAGAAUUAAAAGUUCAGAAAUAUUAAAGGGUAACCUUAUGGUGCCCCACAGGAGGGAGGUGGUAUAGUACUAUACUACCAGCCAAA